AUGACCGAUGUCAAAAGCAUCCUCCUACAUCCAACUCAAGAUCACGGCACGCCAAGCGUUGUGGUCACCCGUUCGAAGCAGUAUCUGACAACCCAUACUGUGGAUGAUGCUCAUAUUACGGAUAUAUUUUCAAUAGCUACGACACCGAAGGCGGUACUGUCAGCCGGUGGAUCAUCAACGCUCCAUGUGCACGACACAACAGACCCUUCAUUCCCUUUGAAGCAGUCCAUCCCUAACGCGCACAAACUCGGUUGCCACCACAUCAGCGCAUCAAGAAAUGGAAAGGUUGCAGCAAGUGUAGGCUUCGGAGGAGAGGUGAAACUUUGGGCGUUAAACCAAGACACUGGCGAGUGGUCAAACAGCGGCGAAAUCACUGGACCGGCAGUCAAACCAGGUGAGGUGUGGGCGGUAGCACUCAGCGAGGAUGGGUCAUAUCUGGCCAGCACAACAAAUGACGGACGUAUCAACGUCUGGGAUAUUACAGACGAGAAAAACGCCAAGAUUAUGGAAUAUGAAACAGGAAGCGCUGGGUCAGGCAGCUUUGGCAUGAGCGUCGAUCUCAGUAGAGACGGCAAAUACACUGCCAGCGGUCACCAAAACGGAGCAGUGUACAUUUUCAACAAUGACACGGGGAGAAUUUUGUAUUCUCUUUCAGGGCUCUCAAAACCUGUUCGAGCAGUAGCCUUCUCGCCAGCAAGUUCGAGACUUGCUGCCGCGGGUGACGCAGGAAUCAUUGCCCUGUAUGAUAUGAAGCACGGUGAACAUGUGGGCAAUUUGACCGGCCAUUCUUCAUGGAUCACGACUAUUGACUGGAGUGAUACGGGCGAAUUCUUGCUCAGCGGAUCAAUGGAUGGCAAAGUCAAGGUAUGGUCGAUUGAGCGAAGUGCUUGUGUGGCCACCCACAGCGAGACAGAUAAGGCAUUGUGGACGGCGCGAUGGCUUCCCAAGACUGGGAAGAGUGAGAUGUUCUGCACGGCCGGUGCGAACAGAAGCCUGUCUUUCUAUCGCGAAGCGACUGGAGCUUAA